UAAAAAAAAUGGGUGCCUUGUUUCUUGUGUAUGUGUCAGUCUGUCUAGGGUUUAAGUUUUCUUUGUUUAUUUAGUUUAUUGACUCGUUCUUCGUUAAUUUCUUUGAUUAUUCAUUUAACUCAUGGUGUUUUUGUUCCGAAAUAUAUAUUGAAUAUGGGUACAAGCACAAUGGGUAGCGAUUUGCAUUCGGACAAGCAGGACAAACUUUUAAAGUUGCAAGCCAGAAAGAAGGAAUUGGAGCAAAUGCUGGCAGCUAAAAAUGAAGAACUUUAUAAACUUUGUGUUCAGGAAGUACAGUUGACUGGUAUUAUGCCACCAGAAGCACCAUUGAGCCCUGAAAUACCACAACGUGACAGACUAGGAAGUGUAAAAAGUAGCGAAAAGUCUACAGAUGGAAAUGAUGUGAAUGAUGGGCUAGAUAAUUCGUCCCGGCGUCUCAGAGCUGGUACUGGUGAACGUGUACAUGAUAUCGAUUCACGUAAAAAUUUAUCACACAGACUUUCUACGCCAUCUAUAUCAGGUAUUUCAAACAAAAGCGCCGUUUCGAGACAUGUACGCCGUCCAGAAACGAGCUGUUCUAAUUUCUUCCCGUCACCACCUCAAGAACGAAACCCUGAUACAUUUUCAAUUCAUACAUCUCAUACGUAUCCAGCUUUGGCUGGUCGUCAUGAGCCUACACCAGAAAGUAUGCAUAGUGACACUCAAACGCCGAUGCAUCGACAUCAUACUAUGACUACUGAAUACAUGAACAAAAUGUAUUGCAAUGGUGCUCCUGAAACUCAGAAUGUAUCAAGAUUAAGAGAAACUCACUUUAGUUCAAGUCAUCCUGACAUAACACAUUAUACGCAUGGAAGUGUUCCACCUCACACUGUACAAAAUGGUAUCAGAAGUAUUCCUUUAUUAUAUCAAUAUGCCUCGCAUUUGAAAGCACAAAAUCAACACCUAGGUGCCUUACACCAUCAUCAAGUACAAGGUCAAAGCAAACGUAGGCCAGAAGCGGUACGCAGGAAUACUCUUCAGCGAACUCAAACAUAUCAUUUAACUUCUCAUAGUGAUUAUAAUCAUCACUUAGAAAACAUGACUGAUAAUUAUCGAGCACCAGUGGGUGGAUACCAGCAUAGAUCACAGCCAGAUAUACAGGAACAAUCAGAAAGAGUGCAUAUACCAAUAGAAAGAGUUGUAACAGUGCCGAACACAUUGCCUUUAAGAGAACGUAAUAUGAUUAGGAAUCCAAUACAUAUGCAACUUCAAGUCUCUACUGAUGACUACAUCAGGGAUGACAGAAGAACAUAUCCUGAUGCAAUAAGCCCUGUUAGUCAACUAUCUGGGUAUUCACAGUCUAAUUUCGAUUCAGUUAGUAUGAAUAAGUUCUCCCCGCUCUCUCAGACUGAUAUGAAAAUGAAAGAGAAGCAAUGGUAUGAGACAUCACUAGAUUCUCCUACAAAAGCUGAGGCUCCUCUUUUGAAGAAGACUUCUAGCUUAAAACGGACAUCGAGUAUAGGAAAUUCUCAAGCUUAUGAGGUUAUGAUCUCUUCUGGCAGACAUUCUGCAAUGCAGAGUCCAAAUCAAGUGCCUCACAGUCCUCCAGUGCUGUCACCAAGUGCGGUAUCAUUAGAUUCUCCUAAAAAUUUAACUGUUAUUGAGCAGGGUAAAUGUAUACCAUAUAGAGAAGAAACUAAGCCAUUUGAGAUGUCAGAUUUUUAUAAAUAUUCUACAAAGUUUAGACAAGCAAAUGCACAGAAGAAUCCUGCAAAUCCAGUGUCAAAUGUGAAUAAUGGAUACAAAGUGCCAAUGGGAUUGCCACCAUACACUCAAGAUCAUUGGCAUGGACAGAAUAAUUAAAGAAUAAUUAUCAUAAAUUGUUUGUACACAGCAGCAUAUUAGGUUACAACAAUUAGUAAAAUUCUGAAAUUGGUUUUAAUUUCUGUUUGUGUGUAACAUACUAUUUUAUAAAUUUUUGUUGUGUUCAAAAUUAAUUACCUACUUAUUUAUUAUAUCCUUAAUGUGUAAUUAACAUGAAAUUGUGUAGAAUUCACAGCUGAGCUAUUAAAAAAAGAAGAUUAGCACUUGUUACUUAUUUGUUUAAAAAUAAUUGAAGAAAUUUGUCAAUUAUGUAUAACCUAGUAUGCUGUUGACUGUAUCUUUGUACAAUAUCUUUGAAUUGGUGAAUCAAUGAAAUUACCAAUUCAUAAUUUUAAUGUUUCAUCUAUAAUUAUUUUAUUAUUAUUUAAAUAUUAGUUAGCAUUAGUACUUACAACUGUUUCCAUUUAUAUUUUGUUAAUCUUUGGUAUUUUCAAAAGUGUUUAGAGACAGAAUUGUAGUAUUCUUAACUCUUUUUAUAACAUUAAUCAGAGUAGGUACUUAUGAGAUUGAAGAUUAGAUUUCUGUAAUUUUAAGUUAAUUUAAAUUUAUAGUGAAUAAGAUGGCCAUUGGGCAACCUAACAAUAUCAAAAACCCAAUGGAUAUAUUUUUUAAUAUCUCAGUGCCAAGUGCCGCAGGCAGCCAGCCAUUAUGAAUGACAAACAACAUAAUAAGCAGCUACAUUUUAAUAAUAAAGUUGAAAAUGUAGUCAAAGACACUGUGAUAGUUUAUUGCAAAUGUAAAAUCAAUUAUAUGACAAUAAAUGUGUUUAGGAGAGUUUGUUGCUUGUUUAGAGCAAUAUUAUACUUUUAAAAAGUAAAAUGCUUUCUGCACCCACCGCUUUAAAUGAUAGGAUCUGUUUGGAGUGAUAAUGUGCACCUGUUUCUCACCUUUGGUAAAUGAUAUAAACAUGCU